ACAACACCAGUUCCGAAGUUGAUCGUAGUGAGUGUAGUCAACAGCAACACGUUAAAGUCUCAGUGGUUCCGCGUCUCUGGUAAGGACAUCAACCAGAUCAUCGGUACCUCUUCCACGACUCUAAAAACACUAUUUCAACUACCCCUCGUCUCUUCCCAGCUGUCAUAAUGGUCCGCAUUACCUCCGUCGCUGCGUUCAUCUUCGCUUUCGCCUUUGGUGUUCAAGCUUCUCAUACCUGCCAAUGCUUGUUCUCUGACCGUUCGCACUGCUGCGCCAGCACCAGUGCUUAUGGUGGCGAGGAGAGAUGCGAAGAUGUUUGCAUGAAUGCUAAGCGAAACAAGGACGGCGCUGCUUGCGCUGCUGGUGGUGCAUGGUCCAGCGUCAGCGCCUGGAACGUCCAGUUCCGCGAGCCAUGCGAGGUUGGUUCCACUAGCACCUCCUAGAUGUAGAAUAUGGUAUGUGCGCUAUGUAUAGAAAGUAGAGCGGUGAUGCAUGUGGGUCGUUUUAGGA